AUGGCACCGCCUACCUGAGUCAGUUCAGCUGCUAUAACGCGCUCACUGUGCGGCAUGUUCACUCGGCAUGCUGGUGCACGUUGGCGGCCACUUAUUUUGGGUCAGCGACUGGAUCGCGGCCACGGCUCGAUCGUGACGGAGCGCGUGGAUGGAGAAGGGGUGUGCGCGGGGGGUCAGCGUCGCCGCACAAAAGCCGUUUCUUUACCUGCCCUCCCGGCCGCGGUGCACGGGGGAGCGCGCCUCUAAGCUGAUUGGAACCGGAGGAUGUGAAUACCUCCCCGGGAUUAGAGGGUUAUUGGCGGAGGAACAAUGCGCCGGGACUCCGCGCGCCAUUCCCGGCUUUUGUUGGCGAGGCGGCGGACGCACGGUCCCGGGUCUCCAGACUCCCACGAGUGAGUCCACGCAGCCUCCCCGCUCGGUCUGGUCAACCACCCGGCGUGGAUAAUAUGACUUCCUGGCCAUUAACAUAUGGCAGCGUCCCUCUGUGUCUCCUGCUCAUAGUUGCUCUCUGCGCUGGAACCUCCCCCCCGGGCGACAACUUGUGCUCGUCUGCUCUGAUUACGUCUUGCAAAGAGUGUCUCCGACGUGGGCCGCAGUGUUCUUGGUGCUUCAAGGAGGAUUUUCUGGAGGAGGCGGGUGCUGGCCAUCGCUGUGACCUACAGGUGAACCUGCUCAGAAGAGGCUGUGGACCGGAGUUCACAGAGAACUCAGACGUCAAAGUGGACGUCAACGCCACCGUCGUCGACAGCACACAAGUGUCCCCGCGUGACAUCGCUGUCACGCUCACCCCGGGUUCCGAGGCGAGCUUCGUCGUUGCCGUGAAGCAGCUGCCACGGUAUCCAGUGGAUCUUUACUACCUGGUGGAUGUGUCGGCAUCCAUGCAGGAAAAUCUCGAUCAUCUCAAGACAGUGGGCGUAGCUCUGUCCCUGCGUAUGACGGAAUACUCCUCAGACCUUUGGCUAGGUUUCGGCUCCUUUGUGGACAAGCCGGUGUCGCCUUACAUUAACGUGCAUCCCACCAAGAUCAACAACCCCUGCAGUGACUACGAGAUCCGCUGCCGACCCGCCCACGGCUUCCACCACGUCUUAAGCAUGACUGGAAAUAUGAGCGAGUUCACACGCGUGAUCAAACGCCAACGCAUCUCGGGUAACAUGGACACACCUGAGGGAGGCCUGGACGCCAUGUUGCAGGCGACUGUGUGCCAGAGAGCUGUGGGUUGGCGUCCAGAGGCCAAGCGUCUGUUGCUCCUGAUGACCGACCAGCCCUCUCACCUCGCCCUGGACAGCCGACUGGCAGGAAUUGUCAUUCCGCACGAUGGCCUGUGUCACCUGGAAAACAACGUCUAUACUGGGAGCACCAGGAUGGACCAUCCCAGUCUGGGCCAGUUGUCUGACAAGCUGCUUGAAAACCACAUUCACUCCAUCUUCGCGGUGGAGAAACAGCAGUACCAGUGGUACGAGGAGUUAGUGCGCUUGCUCCCUGGCUCCUACCUGGGGAAGAUCGGCUUCUUCCAGUCGCCAAACCUCAUCGAUCUAGUUGUGGACUCGUAUAAGAGCUUGUUGACAGAAGUGACAUUGUCAGUGUCAUUGGAUGACAAGGCACUCAACAGGUACUGGACGGCCGUGUCCCCCAUCUGUCCUGAAGGAGCAACCGCUAAAGAGCUGGGCUGCUUAGGGGUGCAACCUAAUCAGACGGUCCACUUCAACAUCACCAUUGGCCUCCACACCUGUCCUGACCACGGUGCCGAUGAGGACAUUCAAGUGAUGGUUCGCCCCGUGGGCUACAAUGAAUCCACCACUGUGAGGAUCCACUCAAAAUGUCAGUGCGGUUGUGGGUCAACAAGACGCUGCCACGAGAGCGGACGCUCGCCAUGCGCGGGGACUAUCGACGGCCCAGGUUGGGAGCAGAAGCCGCAUCGGGGACUUGUUAACGAAUCAAACUGGAAUUGCCGAGCGGAAGGCGCUCAGGUGGACUGUAGCAGUCGUGGAGUGUGUGAAUGUGGGAGGUGUACGUGCGAGCACAGCAGACUCGGCACGAUCUAUGGGAAGUACUGCGAGAGUGAUGACUUCUCCUGUUCUUACAAAGACGGACUGCUAUGUGCGGGACGUGGUGCGUGUGUGUUGGGUGAAUGUGUGUGCGAGGACAACUGGACAGGCGAUAGCUGCGCUUGUGUGUCCGCAGAGUGUGCCAGUAGAGGUCGGCUGGUUGGGACCUUCCUGAGUGUGUGCGCACUGACAGUUCUGUGCGGGCUGGUAGUGGUGGCAGUGUCCAGGCUGCUUCUGCAGAAAAGAGGCUGGUCGCCUGGAGAUGCCAGCAUGGAUGGAGAAUACAACUGCACUGGCAAGGAAUUGUCCUACAUCCCUACAAGCAACGAGAAGACAGUCACUUACCGAAGAGAUCGACCGCCUGACCAUUCGAUGGAGAUGACCGUACACGUAAAGAUGCCCCUUGGUGAACCCUGGCAGUAAUGCCGGUGGGUGGGUGGGGGUGUGGGCAAGUGGACACAUUCCACGGAGUAGAAUUGGACUCUGUUCUGCGUUCCUGCAGAUAUGCAAAGUCUGAUGGUAGUAAGCAAUUUAAAACCUCUAUGAAAUUAUGGUUAUUAUUAUUAUUACUAUUUUAAGUUCAAGACUUUGGGACUGAGGUUACCAGUAACAGUAUUGUGGAGAUGGCCCGGUUAAAAAAAAGAAAAAAAAAAAAAAAAAGAAGUCCUCCAAACUCCCUGUGUAGAAGCACUAAGUCUUCUUCAAAGAUGAUCAGUCAUGACCACUCUAAUUUUAUGCUUACGUCUGGUGUGAGGGCUUCUCGUCAAAAGGUCGUGCUCCAAAUAUUAGGGUUCAGAUAUAGACUGCCCUCUUGUGGCUAACUUAAGGUACGACUUUUUUACUUUACCAUUCAUGCUGUCUGCACAUAGUACCGGUACUUGGGCUUUAUUACAUAGGGGUUAAUUUAUGACGGGCACUUGUGACGAUUUUCUAUUUCGUGUAAAUAUUUUGGUUCAUUGAUUCACAUUGUUUCGUCGUUUAUGUUAACUGAUUAACUUCAUUGCUUUUUUUUUCCCCCUAUCGGAGGAGUUUCUUGUGAUUUGAAGUUGUCGAUCGGUUUAGACUUGCACUUGUUUUGCAUUAUACUACUGAGGUGUCUCUUCAUUACAGGGCAUGAGAGCUGUUUAGCGGGAUACA